GUGCGACGUCGUGCGCGAAGCCACGCCCACUGCGAACGAACUCUUCCUGUUGUGAAACCGGCGCACGUUAGCUAAGAGUUUGACUUUGACGUGAGAAGCUGCUAUUCGGGUGAUCGCUGAAUUGGAAGUGAUGUAAGUUGCAUUUUAGCAUUUGCACAUAGCCAGAGAAGAGAAGAGAAGAGAAGAGAAGAGAAGAGAAGAGAAGAGAAGAGAAGAGAAGAGAUGUCUGCCCAGGCAAAACGAGUGAUGGCUUUGUCCGAGUGGGAGGACAGGUGGCAGGAAGGAAAAACUGGUUUUCACCGACCUGAAGUUCACAACUUGCUGGAAAAAAACCUGGACAAAGUAUUAUGCGGACGAAAGGAGGUGCGGUUCUUCUUCCCGCUAUGCGGAAAAGCUGUGGACAUGAAAUGGCUGGCUGAUAUGGGUCACACGGUGGUUGGAGUUGAAAUUUCCGAAAAAGGAAUCAAACAGUUCUUCGCAGAGCAAAAUCUUGCUUUUAAUGAAGAACGGGUUCCCGCCAUUCCAGGAGCAAGGGUUUUCAAGAGCGCAGAUGGAAAGAUCUCCAUCUAUCAGUGUGAUUUAUACAAGUUCUCUAGCGCUGCUGCAGGAAAGUUCGGAGGAGUCUGGGAUAGAGGAGCACUGGUGGCUAUAAAUCCAUGUGACAGGCAAAAGUAUGCCGAUCUGCUUAUGUCUUUAAUGAACAAUGACUGCAGGUAUCUUGUGGACACGCUGGAUUAUAAUCCUGAGUUGUAUAAAGGUCCACCAUUUUUUGUAUCAGAAGAGGAGGUAAAAAAUGUAUUUGGAGGUGGAUGUGACAUUGAAUUGCUAGAGUCUGUGAAUGCCUUUGAAGAAAAGUACAAAUCAUGGGGACUGGAUUCGCUGACAGAGAAAGUGUACAUUCUCACUCCAAAAGCCCAGUGAUCGUUUUAGAUUUACAGGAGAAAGUACAAAUGACUUAAUAAUGCAAUAACAGUUGACAAAAAUGACAUAUACGAAUGCGAAACAUUGUAAUAAAUCCUAAAUAUUUUCAAAAAA